AUGCUGACCCCGAUGGUGGCUGGAGGGGUGGUGUUCCCCGGACUCUUCCUGCUCUCCAAGAACACGCUCCAGCGGCUGCCCCAGCUGCGCUGGGGGGAGGCCGACGCGGUCAUUGUCUCAGCCAGGCUAGUGUCCUCUGUCCAAGCCGUCAUGGCCUCCACAGCUGGCUACAUCGUCUCCACCUCCUGCAAGCACAUCAUAGAUGACCAACACUGGCUUUCCUCUGCCUACACGCAAUUUGCAGUGCCCUACUUCAUCUAUGACAUCUACGCCAUGUUCCUCUGUCACUGGCACAAGCACCAGGUCAAGGGGCACGGAGGGGACGAAGGGGGGACCAGAGCCCCGGGCAGCACCUGGGCCGUGGCACGCGGCUACCUGCACAAGGAGUUCCUCAUGGUGCUCCACCAUGCCGUCAUGGUGCUCGUGUGCUUCCCACUGUCGGUGGUGUGGCGUCAAGGCAAGGGAGAUUUCUUUCUAGGCUGCUUGCUGAUGGCAGAGGUCAGCACCCCCUUCGUCUGCCUUGGCAAGAUCCUAAUCCAGUACAAGCAGCAGCACACGCUGCUGCACAAGGUGAACGGGGCCCUGAUGCUGCUCAGCUUCCUCUGCUGCCGGGUGCUGCUCUUCCCCUACCUGUACUGGGCCUACGGGCGGCACGCGGGCCUGCCCCUGCUCGCCGUGCCGCUCGCCAUCCCGGCCCACGUCAACCUGGGCGCCGCGCUGCUCCUCGCCCCGCAGCUCUACUGGUUCUUCCUCAUCUGCCGCGGGGCCUGCCGCCUCUUCCGGCCCCGGGGCUCCCGGCCGCCCUCCCCCUGUCAGACCCAGGACUGA